AUUAGAAAAAGAAAAAGAAGAAGAAGAAGAAGAAGAAGUUUUGCAUUUGCUUGUUGCUUUUCUAAUUUGUUUUUCUUUCCUACUCCAAUGUCGUCCACACUAAUUUCUACAAUAUAAAAAUUAAGAAAAACCCAAUUUUUUUCAAUAUUUGUUAUUUUUCCUCUAUAAAUAAUCGUCUUCCUUUGUUCACUUGCUCAUUAACUAGCUUCACACACUCUCUCUCUCCCUCUUUUUCUGGUCCAAAGUUGGGUUAACAGUUGCCCUGAUUCAGGGAUUAAAAAGAAAAAAAAGCUAAGUUCUAUAUUCGGGUGUGGCAAUGGCUACUAAUAACAAUAAUAGCAAGUUAGAGAAGUUGGCUUCUAUUGAUGCACAGCUACGUGCUUUGGUUCCUGCUAAAGUGAGUGAAGAUGAUAAACUGGUGGAGUAUGAUGCUUUGCUUUUGGACCGGUUCCUCGAUAUUCUUCAAGACUUACACGGCGAGGAUCUUAGGGAAACGGUUCAAGAAUGUUAUGAACUUUCUGCUGAGUAUGAAGGGAAGAGUACCCCCAAGAAACUUGAGGAGCUGGGGAAUGUUUUGACUAGUUUGGAUCCAGGGGACUCCAUUGUUAUAGCUAAGGCUUUCUCCCACAUGCUUAACUUGGCUAACUUGGCUGAGGAAGUUCAGAUUGCUUACCGGCGAAGGAUCAAGUUGAAGAAAGGUGAUUUUGCCGAUGAGAACUCUGCAACAACUGAAUCGGAUAUCGAAGAAACUCUCAAGAGACUUGUGGUUGAUCUCAAGAAGUCUCCUGAGGAAGUUUUUGAUGCACUUAAGAACCAGACUGUGGAUCUGGUCUUCACUGCUCAUCCUACCCAAUCUGUUCGUAGAUCUUUACUUCAGAAGCACGGAAGGAUAAGGAACUGUUUAGCUCAGUUGUAUGCUAAAGAUAUUACUCCAGAUGAUAAGCAGGAGCUUGAUGAAGCUCUACAGCGUGAGAUUCAAGCCGCAUUUCGUACAGAUGAGAUUCGAAGGACUCCUCCAACUCCCCAAGAUGAGAUGAGGGCGGGAAUGAGCUACUUCCAUGAAACGGUAUGGAAAGGUGUCCCCAAAUUCUUGCGGAGAGUUGACACAGCUUUGAAGAAUAUUGGAAUUAAUGAACGUGUUCCCUAUAAUGCGCCACUUAUUCAGUUUUCUUCAUGGAUGGGUGGUGAUCGUGAUGGCAAUCCAAGGGUAACUCCUGAGGUCACAAGGGAUGUUUGCUUGUUGGCUAGAAUGAUGGCUGCCAAUUUGUACUAUUCCCAAAUCGAGGAUCUGAUGUUUGAGUUGUCAAUGUGGCGUUGCAGUGAUGAGCUUCGUGUUCGUGCAGACGAACUUCAUAGAUCUUCAAGGAGAGAUGCUAAACACUACAUAGAAUUCUGGAAAAAAGUUCCUCCAAAUGAACCCUACCGUGUUAUUCUUGGUGAUGUUAGGGACAAGCUGUAUCAGACACGUGAAAGGUCUCGCCAAAUGUUGUCUCAUGGUAUCUCUGACAUUCCAGAGGAGGAAACUUUCACCAACAUUGAGCAGUUUUUGGAACCGCUUGAACUAUGUUAUAGGUCACUUUGCUCUUGUGGUGACCGGCCAAUUGCUGAUGGAAGUCUUCUUGAUUUCUUGAGGCAAGUGUCAACUUUUGGCCUCUCACUUGUCAGACUUGACAUUCGGCAAGAGUCUGACCGCCACACCGAUGUCUUAGAUGCCAUCACCAAGCACUUGGAAAUUGGUUCCUACCGAGAGUGGUCUGAAGAACAAAAGCAGGAAUGGCUAUUGUCUGAACUAAGUGGAAGACGUCCAUUGUUUGGUCCUGAUCUUCCUAAAACAGAAGAAAUUGCUGAUGUUUUGGAUACCUUCAGUGUCCUAGCAGAGCUCCCGGCAGACAACUUUGGAGCAUACAUCAUUUCAAUGGCAACUGCUCCUUCUGAUGUUCUUGCUGUUGAGCUCCUACAGCGUGAAUGCCAUGUGAAGCAACCAUUAAGAGUUGUUCCACUGUUUGAGAAGCUUGCAGAUCUGGAGGCUGCACCUGCUGCUUUGGCUCGGCUCUUCUCUAUAGAUUGGUACAGAAAUCGGAUCAAUGGCAAGCAGGAAGUCAUGAUUGGUUAUUCUGAUUCGGGUAAAGAUGCUGGCCGUCUCUCUGCUGCCUGGCAGUUAUACAAAGCUCAAGAGGAGCUUAUCAAUGUUGCUAAGCAAUUUGGUGUGAAGCUAACGAUGUUCCAUGGUCGUGGUGGAACUGUUGGAAGAGGUGGUGGUCCCACCCACCUUGCUAUAUUAUCUCAACCACCAGAAACAAUUCACGGCUCACUUCGGGUUACAGUUCAAGGUGAAGUUAUUGAGCAAUCGUUCGGAGAGGAACACUUGUGCUUUAGAACACUCCAGCGUUUUACUGCUGCCACACUUGAGCAUGGCAUGCACCCACCAGUUUCACCAAAACCAGAAUGGCGUGCACUGAUGGAUGAAAUGGCUGUCGUUGCUACUGAGGAGUACCGUUCCAUUGUCUUCAAAGAACCUCGAUUUGUUGAAUAUUUCCGCCUUGCUACACCAGAGUUGGAGUAUGGUAGAAUGAAUAUUGGAAGCCGACCAUCAAAGCGGAAGCCAAGUGGGGGUAUCGAAUCUCUUCGUGCAAUCCCAUGGAUCUUUGCGUGGACGCAGACGAGAUUCCAUCUCCCUGUUUGGCUCGGAUUUGGAGCUGCAUUUAAACAUGUCAUUCAGAAGGACAUUAAGAAUCUCCUUAUGCUGCAGGAGAUGUACAAUGAAUGGCCUUUCUUCAGAGUGACAAUUGAUUUGGUUGAAAUGGUCUUUGCAAAAGGAGAUCCUGGGAUUGCAGCCUUAUACGAUAAGCUUCUUGUUUCUGAGGAACUCUGGUCUUUUGGAGAGCGGUUGAGAACCAACUUUGAAGAAACUAAAAGCCUUCUCCUCCAGAUUGCUGGGCACAAGGAUCUUCUCGAAGGGGAUCCCUACCUGAAGCAAAGACUCCGGCUACGUGAUUCAUACAUCACCACUCUAAAUGUCUGCCAGGCCUACACACUCAAACGUAUCCGUGACCCAAAUUACAAUGUGAAGUUGCGGCCACAUAUCUCUAAAGAGAUCAUGGAAUCAAGCAAACCUGCUGAUGAACUUGUGAAACUGAACCCAACAAGCGAGUAUGCCCCUGGUUUGGAGGACACCCUCAUCUUGACCAUGAAGGGUAUUGCUGCCGGCAUGCAAAACACCGGUUAAACCACCGACAUGCUACACGAGGUGUGCUUAAAGUUUUUUAAGUCCAGAGAAGAUGAAUUAUUCAUCAAAGACAGAUGUCAUUUCGGUGAAAACCUUUCUUAUGGGUAAACAAAAGAGUCGGAUAUAUAUAUAAAUGCUCUUUAAAGCUGUAUGAUUAUGCUGUUAUGCUUUUAAGACUCGUUUUAUUUAUAUAUAUAUAUGUAUUGCGGCAAGUGUUUAUUAUUGCCCAAAAACGGAUUGGAAUGGAACUCCAUUGGAACUGAUCCAUUAUGCUUUAAAUACAAGUAAUGCCUUUUGAGGCUUCUGGUUUUUGUUUUUACGUAUAA